AUGUCUCACCUCAAAUUCUACACUCCUCCAGGGGUACCGGAGAGUAUGUUGGAAUCUCAUCACUACUCGCAAGCCGUAAGAGUAGGAGAUCUCAUCCAACUGUCCGGUCAAGCUGGAAUAGAUUUCUCUACUGGUGAAUGGCCCUCUGGGAUCGAUGGACAAGUCGACGAAGCAUUCAUCAACGUAGACAAAUGUCUGAAGUUCGCAGGCGGCAAAGGGUGGGAGCAAGUCUUCAAGGUCAAUUCCUACCAUAUCCCUCUGAGCGAGGAGAUGAUGGCUGCUAUGAUCCGCAAUUUUAGGAAGUGGAUGCCGAAUCACCGGCCUCUUUGGACUUGUAUCGAGGUUCCGAGGUUGGGGGAGAAGGGGAUGAUUGUAGAGAUAGAGGUACAAGCGCAUGAUCCUGAGGGCGCUGAAAAGACCAAGUGA